AUGGCAACCCUUCCACAGCAGCCAUAUGCAGAGCAGCAGCAGCAACAGCAGUCGCCUGUCCUCGUGUACCCAGACACGGCCGCCGCGAGAGGCCCGCCAGCGGAAUCCCACUCGAAUAACGGGUCGUUCGGGUCGGUGUUCAUCGUGCUGGCGGUGAUCAUCGUGGUGUCGGCGGUGGCGUGCUGCCUGGGGCGGGUGUGCAGCAAGAGCACGAAGCAUGGUGGUGGCGGCGGCGGGAAAGAGCAUAAACAGGGGAAGAAGCAGAACAAGGACAAGAAGAACAGCAGCAAGGGGAAGCCCCAGAAUUCCAAGGUGGGCCAGAGCGAUGACAUCGAGUUUGGGUUCGACAAAGUUGGUGGUGGUGGUGGUGGGUUUCCUCCCAUGGGCCGGCGGGAAGGGCCCAGUGGGCCUCAUAAUCAUUUUAAGCAGCCUCAGCCUGCUGCUGCUGCGGACGGCAAUCACAACGCCCCGUAUUUCCCUUACGGGCCUCCUCCCCCGCCGCCGCCGGCGAAUCAUAAUGUUCACCGCGGCGGUGUGAAUGGGAUGCUGAUGAUGAACGGCGGUGGGCACCAGCAGAAGAAGGGGCACGGCGGCGGCGGUGGCAACCAUAACCCUCAUUUCAAAGGUGAUGGGCACUAUCCCACCAUGGAGUUUCAUGACGGCGAGCCUCCUAGGCGUUAA